UAACCGUAAACGCCUAAGUCCAAAAUGUAAACAAACGUUUAGGUGAUUCGGGCGGUUAGUGAGUGGUGGUCCACGACGUCAAUCAAAACAGAACGCGUCCGCAGCCAGGACUUGGACGCGGAUACCUUCGAAGGAGGAUGGUGCGGGUGCGGAACAAGGUUAGGAAUAAGAGGAAAAUUGGUUUUCAAAAGGAUAAGGCCAGCUUCCUGCCGGAUCUGCAGUUGUAUCACGACCGAAACGGGACGCCGUUCAUGCGGAUGUGAAUUUGCACCGGUUGUAUUCUGUGGUGGUGGCCCGGGGUGGGUAGACGAGAUUGAAGUUGAAGCAGAUUUCAAUCCGCUUUUUGAACAAGUACGAUAAAGUUAAUUUUAACGGUGAGGAGAAGGAUCCGACGGAAGAGGAAUACGACGAGAAGCGGCAUAAUCGGAGGUGGUCAGCACGGAUGCUGCACUCGGUUCCGGCGGUUUACGACCAUUAGCAGCAUUAUGUGCCGGAAGUGAUGACGGGUCAGUGUGGGAUGUCCUGAGGGUCCGCAGUCCAUUUCUCGUUACGGGACAUGUUUGAUGAGUAUUACCUAAACAUCCGGAAAACAGUUUGCACCAGUUCUGGAAAGACCGUCUGUACGAAAGCCGCAGGUCCUGGAGCUGUCGUAAUCGGAUUACUUCCAGAGGUUGGAGCGAGAUCCAACGAACCUGAUCAAGAACAUCUACCUGGAAUACCGAAGAAGUCACCGCUACUCCCGCCCGCAAACGCUCAACUCGCGACGGCGCAGCUUCAGCCGGAUGAACUGGCAACAUCUGUGUCAUUCUCGAAGGAGGACGAAGUGAUCGGGAACUAUCCGUUCAGGCGCUUCACUUCCCAGCCGGUAAACGUCGACUUCCCUACCCGAAUCAACAACCAAUGGCCAACUCCUCCAAGCCUGUCCACAUGAUGGCCGGCAACGAGAUCGCCCUGUUCUCUACAUCGCUGUCGAGCUCCAAAAUGAAGGGCGCGAUGUUGCUGCCCUACGAAACGACCAUCCGUAAUCUGCUCAGCCUGGGGUCUUCGGACGCGGAAGUUAGCCAACCAUAAGCAGAUGCGUUAAAUACAACAAAAAACGAAAACAUACUGUUUUAAUAUUGAAAUAUCGAAAUAAAAUCCAUCACAUUUUUCUAAAAUCAUCACUGUAA